AUGAGGGGGCGGGGUUCGGUUCGAAUCCCCGCAGCGCGGGAGCGGCGCGUCGUGCCUGCCCGGAAGCGGCGCCGCUCCGCGUUCGCACAAAGCCGGCCGGGGGCCGCUCCCUUUUCUCCUGUCGUUCUGUUUCCCGGCACCCGCUGUUAUGUCGGGGGGCCUUGCGGCGGUCCUGUUAGAAGACAACAACGCCUGCCGUACCCGGACACUGCAGCCUCAGAAGUGCCCCAGCCACCUCAGACGCGGCCUGUGCUGCGCCGCACCGUUCAGCUCUGGUCGCGAUCGGUGCGUUCCGGUCAGCAGAGCUGCGCGGCACCGCCUGCGCUGAGCUGUCAGCAGUGGAAGAAAGGAACAGAAGCUGUGGGCACGCGGAGUUCCGGGUGCUGCCGCAUCCUGACCUCGGUCCUCACCAGGGAUCUGCCCUACUCGGCUCUUCUACCACACUUCUACCACCGCAAACAACUGAGUGAGGCUCUCCCAGCCAUAACGCCGUGCGUGGCCGGGCCGCCCACCGCCUCCCCGCGGCGCCGCCCUCUCCUCCUCCGCCUCGCGCUGAUCGCUUCCCAACGCCUUGCUGAGAACAAAGCUCGGCCACCCCGCGGAGCGCCGCUACCCGGGGAUGGGGGAAGGGGGCCUGCCGGCGGCCGCCGGGCUUUGCGGUCUGGACAUAAAUGGGCGGUGCUGCCCGAAGGCGCGGCGGUGCCUCGUUAUGGAUGCCCCCGAAAUUCCGCGCGCUUCGUUCCGUUACUGCGGUCUGAAGACUUGCGCCGUGAGUUUGGUCGUUAUGGGCCUAUAGUUGAUGUAUACGUUCCGCUUGACUUCUACACUCGUCGUCCCAGAGGAUUUGCUUAUGUUCAAUUUGAAGAUGUCCGCGAUGCUGAAGAUGCUCUCCACAAUUUGGACCGAAAGUGGAUUUGUGGUCGGCAGAUAGAAAUCCAGUUUGCACAGGGCGAUCGGAAGACACCGAAUCAAAUGAAAGCCAAGGAGGGGAGAAACCUGUACAGUUCUUCUCGUUACGAUGACUAUGACAGAUACAGGCGAUCCAGAAGCCGGAGUUACGAAAGGAGACGAUCUAGAAGUCGCUCUUUUGAUUACAGCUAUAGAAGAUCAUAUAGUCCCAGAAACAGUAGACCUACUGGAAGACCUCGUCGUAGCAGAAGUCAUUCGGACAAUGAUAGGUUCAAACACCGCAAUCGAUCUUUUUCAAGAUCUAAGUCCAAUUCAAGAUCACGAUCCAAGUCACAGCCCAAGAAAGAAAUGAAGGCUAAAUCACGGUCUAGGUCUGCAUCUCACACCAAAUCUAGAGGCACUUCUAAAACAGAUUCUAAAACACACUAUAAGUCCAGCUCAAGAUAUGAAAAGGAGUCGAGAAAAAAAGAACCAGCUAGAUCCAAAUCACAGUCAAGAUCACAUUCUAGAUCUAGGUCAAAAUCCAGAUCGAGGUCUUGGACUAGUCCCAAGUCCAGUGGCCACUAAUAGUGAAUCCAUGUUGGUUUUAGGCAUGUAAGACUCAUUUACACACAGUUCAGUUUACUUAAAUUAUCAGGAAUAUGAUGUUGCAACAGUGCUAAAAAAAUCUUUUCUUCGUCAGUUUUCCCUGUAGCAGACAAUGGUUAAAGUUUAAAACAGUGUGGAGCAGCCACUGAGACAGAGGGAGAGAGAGAGAGAAUGUCCUCUUGGAUAUGGGCAGCUACUGAAUUGAUUGUGGUGUCUCAAUGUAUAUUUUUGUAAAGAUUUGCAUUUUUAAUGCUUAGAUAUCGGUGAUGACUUGAUUGGUCGUAAUUUGCAACAUUGUCCUGUUGAAAAUGUCAUGCCCAUAGCAAUUGAUACCAGUUUGUACUGAACAGUUAAACCAACUGUUUAACAUGUUCUUUAAUGCUAAACAUUGUGAUAAAAUGGAAAACUGGACAGCUGUAGCGCAACACUGACUGCUGUGAAAUGCAGACUGGUAAUUUUACGUUUUCAUUGUUCUAAGGCAGGUUUCUGUGUUCUCCAUGCCCAGUGACAAGUAGGUUGGUAAAUGGAGCUCUGUGGAGAGAGAUUUUGAAAUUUCUCUGCCAUCUGGAGAGAUGGUGCUACCGCUGCAUGCACUGCGCGGGGAGACAGUUGGUCUUGGAAGCUCAGUCAGAGACUGUGCAGUGUUGUGACUUGUCAGGAAAGAGGCUUCACUGCUCUUGACCUGGCUGCUAAUACGAAAUGUGGGGGGGGAGGGGGAGGGGAACACCUUGAAAUGGAAAAUUAAAUUCAGAUUCCAGAAAAUGGCAGAGUAUCUAAAUAUUAGGUUGUGUGUACAUUUUACGCAGUUUUUGUAUCUAUUCUAAAUUUUAGUGAGCAGUUAACCAUGAAAUUGCUUAGUUUUCCUGCUGUUAGAUACAAGUAGAUUGUUUCAAGUUGUGUGUGUACAGUAUAUAAGAACUCAACUUUUAUGCCAAUGACUCCUGUGGUUAGUUGGUGUAUUCAUAGGUAUAAAACUGUAGCCAUUUCUCUUCUUGAGUAAAAAAGGCUUGCUUUUAUACAUUGAGAAAUAUUUAGUCAAGCAAGUCUGAAUCACUUCUUCCUCAGAAUGGACAGUGGUUUGGUUACAAAAUUUCAUUUUACUUAAGAACAAGUGUUUAAAGUUGGAUAUGAACAAGAGCUGCAUCUCUAGCUAUUUAGUUUCACUAAUACAGUACAUUUAGUAAAUUGAAUGUGAAAAAUAACAAAACCAGUGUGUAAUCUUAACAGUAUUUCUCUAGAAGAAGGCAAGAUAUUUUGUUAUGAAAAUGGCUUUUGGCAUUGUUUUUUUUUUUUUUUUCCCCUCUUUGUCUUGAAAAGCCAGCAUCAGACACCCAGUGUUCCGUACUGUCUGUGUAGCAGUGUAUGAAGACACAAAUUUCAAAAAGAUCAUCUUUAGAGAAACGUUUUAGGGUUUGGUUUUAGAGUGUUCAGCAGGGCCUUUCAAGAGAUGCAAAUGGCUUUUAAAUGUUAGUGGCAGAACGUGCUUAGGGGGUCGAUUCUAGGAACCUUAGUACGUUUGAUGGUAUUUCUAACUCUUUUCUUUACUGUUUGCAGUUAAUGUUCAUGUUCUGCUAUGCAAUCAUUUAUAUGCACGUUCCUUUAGUUUUGUAGACUUUCCUGGAUGUAUAGUUUAAAAACAGCAUAAAGUCUAUUUAAAACUGUAGCAGUAGUGUGCAGCUCUAGCAGAGGAAAGUUGUGGGAUUAAACUUUGUAUUUCCUUUCUUAUAGAGGCUUCUAAAAAGGUAUUUUUAUAUGUUCUUUUUAACAAAUAUUGUGUACUACCUUUAAAACAUCAAUGUUUUGAUCAAAAUAACUAAAGACCCAGCUUAUUUUCUGCUUGCUGUAAAUUUAGCAAACAUGCUGUAAUAAAAAAAAUGAAGGAAA